AUGGAUAUAUUCGGCCGUUGCAACGGCGGCGGUGGCGGAAGCACGGUAUCCGGAAGCGGCGCUGGCUCGGUGAGGGGGUCCAGCAACGAGUCCAGCUGUGGAACAGGCACUGCUGCCGGCGAGAGCGGCGGAACCAGCGACAGGAUGCAGUUGACAGGAGCCUCGGCUCCUGGCGCUGCCGCCUCGCCGGAGUCGGGCGUUUCUCCUUUGACCGAUGCCUACACCAAGAUGACCAGCGACAUCCUGGCGGAGAGGACCUUGGGAGACUUCGUCAGCGAGCAUCCCGGGGAGCUCGUGAGGACAGGGUCGCCUCACCUGGUCUGCAGCGUGUUGCCAGCGCACUGGAGGUCGAACAAGACCCUGCCAGUGGCCUUCAAGGUGGUGGCCCUCGGCGAGGUCGGCGAUGGCACUUUGGUCACCGUUCGUGCUGGUAACGACGAGAACUGCUGUGCCGAGCUGAGGAACUCGACCGCUCUGAUGAAGAACCAGGUGGCCAAGUUCAACGAUUUGAGGUUCGUCGGAAGAAGCGGCAGAGGCAAGAGCUUCACGCUGACCAUCACCGUGUCCACCACGCCGCCGCAGGUCGCCACGUACACCAAGGCCAUUAAAGUAACCGUGGACGGGCCGCGGGAACCGCGAUCCAAGACCAGUGAGUAUCACUGGCAGCAGCAGCAGUUCCACGCGUUCGCGUUCGCCUCGCAAAGAGGCGGCCCUUUUUUCGCCUCGCCGCUGGUGGACCCCUUGCAACCCCUGCCGAACCCCCUUCAGCCGCUGCCGAAUCCGCUGCAGUCGCGGGAUCCGCUGUCCUCCUUCAGGCACGCGAUGCCAGCCAACUGUCAAAACAUGUCCCAGUUCGGUCUGACUGCGAGCAAUUCAUGGGGAUACGGAAGCACGGCCGGCUACGCUGGUUAUCUUCCCGGCCCUUUGUCGUCGUGCGCGGCACAAGCGUCGUUCCCACCCCCGCCACCGCCACCUCCGCCACCACCCCCGUCGUCCUCGUCGUUGGCGUCUUUCGCGGGCGCCGCGUCUAUGAACACGCCAACGGCGCCCGAUUCGACAGCGGGAUCCACUGUUACUUCCGGUACCGGUGCAGGAUCCACGGCACAGCAGGAUGCGUUCUCAGCGGUGUCAUCCCUGGUCCCAGACUCGACGACGACGGGCCAGACCGACCCCCUGGACCCGCUGAGCAGCCUAAUGUCGGGGACGCCGAGUCAGAGGUACCAGGACUACGUGUCGCCCAGGUCUCUGUCGACCGACUCGAGCACCACGGAGAGCCCAGUGCACGAGGAGCAAGGCUUCGGACAGAAUUAUGGCAACUACUUCCCGACGCCCGGCGUGCUGCCCAGCAUCCUCUAUUCCCAGAUAUACGGGAAUCAGUUCCAGAAUUCGGACAGCCCCGAGCAGAGAGCAGUGGCGGACAGUUGCAGCGUGAGACAGGAGGAAGUGAGACCGGACAACAACGUCUGGAGACCUUACUGA